UAUCCCUAUAAAUGAGUUGGCUUAUUCUCGUGUUUUCCUCCCUCCUCAUUCUUGUCAAUUGUCAUGCUUAUCUUCACAACUGUAAUAAGUGUGAACCUAUCUUUUCACUCCUGAUAAAUCCAACAACAACAACAAUAACAACAAAAAAAAUAAUUAGCCCAAAUUAAUCAGAAAAAUUAAAAUGAUGUCUUCCGAUUUCCCGCAAUUGAGUUUAGAUUUGAGUCUGCCGAUUCUACCGAUUUCUUCUCCGUUUCACGAAAUUUUAACUCGAUUUUUAAUCGCCAGAAUCUCAAAUUCUUCCGAAUUAUCUAAGCUUUAUGAUUUCAUUAACGGACUUGAAGACGAGCUUAAGAAGAUCCAGGCAUUUCAGCGUGAACUUCCCCUUUCAUUCAAUAUCUUAAACGAUGCUAAUAACAUGUUGAAAGACGUGGUGAAGAAAAACGAAGGAAAGCGGUGGGAUGGUAAAAUUGAUGAAAGUGUAGGGGUAAAAUUGGGAAUUGAUGAGUUUGAGAAGAAGACGUGGAUGAGCUCUGUUCAGUUAUGGAGUAAGACAAAUGAAGGAGGCGGCGACUACGAGCCGCGUAAAUAUGAGGAGAGAGGCCCGAGAGGGACAGUUUUGUCUUUUGAGAAGGCUACGGAAGAUGUUACAGGACUUUCUCUGGUGACCCCCGGUUCAAACAACCCGACGGUGGAUGAACCGGGUUUAGAGAAACUUCUAACCGGAGGAAUGCUUUCCGGUCCGGGUUUCUCCAUAAUCAAAGAUAAGAAAGACAAAUUUGAAACCAAACUGCUGCCGUAUCAAACGGCUAGGAAACGACGUCGGUGCUGGUCGCCGGAGCUUCAUCGACGGUUUAUUGACGCACUUGAAAAGCUAGGUGGGCCCCAAGUGGCUACUCCUAAAAACAUAAGAGAGCUUAUGAAAGUGGAUGGACUAACUAAUGAUGAAGUUAAAAGCCAUUUACAGAAGUAUAGGCUUCAUGUUCAAAAGCAUCCAACUGGUAGCAUUACCACUACUCGAUUGUCAGCUGAAGUAGGAAUGGAUCAUAGUGAAGAACAGCUUGAAUUGGGGUGUUCAACAAUGGACCUUCAACAUUCAAGCUCCCCAAAAGGCCCAUUUCACUUGAAGGGUUCGAGAAAAUGUAACUCUUCAAGCAUGGAAGAAGACGAAGAGGAGGAGAAAUCUGAUGGUCAGAGCUGGAAAGUUCAGCAUUAUAUGUAGAAAUAUAUAGCAGGUUGUUGCUAAUUCAACAACGUAACGUAACACACCUUUGAGCUUUGGCUAGGGUGAAUCUAGUAUAAUAUAGUAUAGCGUAUUAUAAUGUACUAAAAUGCAAAGCUUUGACAAGCAUGUAAAACUAUUGAAAUGUAACAAAAAAAAGGAGAGGCUGGGAAACUGCUAUGCUCCACACCUAUAUACUGCCCACAUUUGAGGCCUUUUAGUGUGGAGGGAAGAAGAGGCCCUAACAAAUUUUGCCGCGAGAUUUAGGAUUAUCUGUAUUAAUUGUUUGUACCGGAUGUUGAGUUAUAGAAUAACCUUGUGCCUCUUCUUUCGA